AUCUUGGACUGGCCCUCACGAUCGACCCACGAACAAGAGAGUACACAAGGACGAAAAACUCGCUUCCCAUUUCAAUCGUUCUGCUGUCAUCCACCAUGUCCAACGCUGCUGAAGACCGUGAAGAAACUACCCCCAAUGCCGCUGACGAGGCUGGCGACUUGAUUGAUCACAACACCUUCGACCAGCUCCUCGAGAUGGACGACGAGGACGACCGCGAGUUCAGCAGAAGCAUCGUUUGGAACUAUUUCGAGCAGGCAGACACCACAUUUGUCGAGAUGGAGACAGCACUGUCAGAGAAGGAUCUUGAUCAACUUUCUUCAUUGGGUCAUUUCCUGAAAGGAUCUUCCGCCGCUCUCGGGUUGACAAAAGUGAAGGCAUCUUGUGAGCGUAUCCAGCAUUUCGGAGCAAAGAAGGACGAGUCGGGGACUGAGCCCAUUGAUGAGGAGACCGCGAUGAAGAGGAUUGAGGAGAUUCUACCAGUGGUGAAGCAGGAAUACGCCGAAGCUGAAAAGUACUUGAGGAAGUUUUACGGAGACGAUGCAUGAGUUGGUGCGUGUUUGCAUGUUACGAUACGUGGUGCGAUGGGGGAAGUGCGUGGAAGUAUGAUAAAGUGA